AGCGGCUGAACCCCGGCGCACCGGAGCGUGACAGCGACCUGCCCAUGGGCUCCCGCCUGCUGCUGGCACUGCUGCUGCUCCAGGCAGUUUGGAAAGGUGCUCUGGGAAAAUCCCAUUCACUGCACACCCGAGGAAUCAUUGAAUUGGCAGGAGCUAUAUCGUGUGGUACAGGACGGUCUCCCUUGGCGUAUAUUGGCUACGGAUGCUACUGUGGACUGGGAGGACAUGGCUGGCCUAAAGAUAAAACAGACUGGUGCUGCCACAGGCAUGACUGCUGCUAUGACAAGGCAGAGAAGGAAGGCUGCAGCCCCAAGGUGCAGCGCUACCAGUGGGCAUGUGAGCAGAACGCUGUGCAGUGUGAUAACCUGACAGAUCGGUGUGAAAAAAUGGUGUGCCUGUGUGACCAAGAGGCAGCCAAGUGUUGGGGAGCAGCCCCAUACAACCCACACUUUGUCCUCUGGCCAGACUUUUUAUGUGGACAGACUCAUCCCACCUGCCAUUUUGGAUAUGGGGGGCCAGAGUAGGUUUUUUUAGGACCUUUCUUAUAACCCUUUGAAUCUGAAGGCGCUGGAAUAAAAUUUUACCUUUUUUACCAGGGAUAACAAUGGUGUGAGAGAAUUUCUGUCAGGACAAGGUUUAUGGGGAGGAGUAACAGGGUAACAUACAUGCUGAAGGAUAAGAUCCUGCUCUGAUCAUGGCCUUCCCAGAAACAGAGGGUUUGGUCUGCAGCAUAGUGGGAACGCAUUACCCGUCACCAAAUGGCUUUUUUGUCCUUUCACAUUGCCUGACCUGCCUCCCACAGACAUGAUCUGGAAAAUACGUAGAGAUUUCUGCUGGGCUGUCUUGUUAAAACAAACCAACAAAGAAACAAACCAUCUCUGGGAAAGAUACACCGGCCUCGGAAGUCCUGGGGCAUGCCA